AUGUCGCAAGAGCCUAAAUCAUCGGCAGAGAGCGCAUACAACAGUGCAAUGACAGAGAGCAGAAAUUCAUUUGAAAAUGAGUUUAAUGUGCUGCGUUCUGCUAUACACCUAGGAAAUUUCGAAAAGGCCAUUCAAAGCUUUGUAUUGCUCCAUUCAAACAGCUUACAAAACCCAACAUUUCAAUCGUACUUGAUCCAAGUAGCCGAAAACAUUGACCCAGCCAAAGACACAGAUGCCAGCAGAUUUUUUGGAUCGCUGCCAUGCUUGCUACAAUCCAAUAUCAUUGACUUUGCGACAGAUCGUUUGAAAGAAAAGGAAUCUAUGCGUGCAUUUGUGAUAUUGUUUGAUUACAUUCAAGCGUAUCCCCGCCAUGCUUAUAAAUACCUGAUUAGUGCUAUCAAUCUACUCAUCAUUUGCGCUCAAGAAUCAACAGAAGAGGAAAAGAAAAAGUGUAUCAGCUUAUUAGUCACCGAAUUGUUCCCUCGUCUCUGCAAGCAGAGAUUGUUGUUGGUAAGAAAGGAUAAGGUACCGUCCAUCAAAUCCACAGAGAGCAAGCACUACAUCACCUUGCCGCACAUUUUGUUUGAGCAAUUUUUGUUGCUGGGCCAGCGCUAUUACAUCAAAAAGCAUCGAUGGGAAGAAUCCAGCAAGUUUACAUGUGCCAUGUUGUCUGCAUGCGGAUACAAUGGCUUGGACCAGUUGGAUUCAGUUUCGCACAUUAUUCGAUUUCAAUUCCUCAAGGAGCAUAGAAACAGUGUUCGCAUUGACGAUGAUGUGGAAAAUGGAGACAUACAUGCUUUACCCACCACAGAGGAUCUCUCAAUCAUAUCUACGCUCAUGUGCGAAUACAUGGUGGCUGCCUCGCAAUUUGUUCAGUUUGGGUACGACUAUUACAAGUACGUGUGUGGAACGGACAGUGCAUCAAACUCUGCCGAGGAAAAGUCCUGUUUGAUCCCUGUUUGUUCGUUUCAGCCAAGCGACAGCAACGCACCCAACCAUCGCAUAGGACAAAAGCGGUCUUCGUCGCAUGAUAGCAGCAGCAAUGUGGAAAGAAACACACUCAAUUUCUCGGAUGAUUGUCAUUUAUUGAGGAGAAACGACAAACGCUCAAAAGUAGAUAAUUCCUCCAAUUCGUCGGUGGCUGAUGAAAAUGAAUACGAUGAUGAAGACGGUCGUGCAUUGGGAUUAGACUCGUACUGUGUUCAAGGUGUGGAUGAUGCAUUGCAGAUACUGAGCAAAGCAGCCGAUUGCUUGAGACACACAGUUGAAUUGUGGCAAUGGGCGAGCAAUAAAUUAUCGCAAAAGACCAUCAUUGAUCAUUUGGGAGGAUGGGAGCAAGAAUUGUGUCGAGUCAUUGACGGCUACAAGUUGCCAUUUGAUAUGCACAACGCUGUGUUACUGGUCAGAAGCGACCUGGCAUUAGCCUCGCCUUCUGUGCCUGGCAAUUUGGCCAAAGCAUUGGAGCUGUCGCAGAGUAUUUGCGAUCGAAUCGAAGUACAACGUAGACAGGAAAAAACCGAGUAUAGCCGAAAUUCGACUGAAAUGGAUAUUCCAUUUAUGUUUGCCUUCCGCGUUUUGUAUAACAUCGGGGUCAUAUAUUUGCUCGUGGGCAGUCUUCAGCAAUCGACACUGGAAAUUGCCAUCAUUUUAUCUGUAUUCCCAAUACCCAAUGGUCUCGACGCCAAAGAUUUCAGCUCUGACGAAACAGAUUGUUGCACAGUAGCCAACAUUUUUCAUGGAAGAGAGUUUGGUUUGAUGAGAGUGACACAGGAAGGACUUGUUGUACGAUGUAUCAAACAUCUGAUUGUAAGCCUGGAUAAUGAAUCUGAACAACGUGGUGGUAUGGCCUCCAUUGAUUCUGCUCUUCGCUGGGACGAAAAGGCCGGCAAUAUGAUUGUAUUAAUGCAAUAUGGUUGGCCCUAUUGGAGCAACAAGACAAAUUUAUGGCACAAAAUCAUGAACCGCAUCAGCGAAAAGCGAGUGUUCAAGAACCGAGAAUUCCUCGAAUAUCUCUAUGUGUCUGAUGUAUUACAAGCCAUUCGUCAUCUUCAUUUGAUGGGCACUGUUACCAUGGAUAUUAUCCCACCCGAAUUUGCUUUACGUGGAAGUUAUCGUCACCUAGUUACAUCAGGCCCUGAGAAUAGCAAUUCUGCGCCUUCAUCGCCACGACAAACACCAUCUUCACCCAAAGCCGAUGAAAACGAAGCAUUGGAUGAAGACGAAGAAAAAUCAAACGAUAGAAACCCCAAUACUCUACCUUUAUACCAUCCAUCAUUCGCCAAUAGCAUUUUACCAAGCACAUCCAUGUCGCCUUCCUGGUACUCUGCAUCAACACAAAAGAAUUCAUUUGCAAAAUGGAUGUCCCCGUCAUUCUACUACAGCAGACCUGCUACAUCUGUCAUUCUACCUGGCCAAAAUGCAAGCAGUCAUCAAGGUGAUGAUGAUGAAGGCGAGAAUGGAAACAACAUGAACAAUGGCUUGAACCCGUCCGCCAGCACAAAGAGCUCUUUCAUUCCUAGAGAUAUUGUUACUCGAUGUUUAGAAUAUAGAAUCAGGAGAUACUCACCGAAAAUAACACCACAACGUAUGAGACAUGUUUUGCAGCGUUUUCUCAAGAAUAUGGUCUUAAAGGCCAACGAAGAGACAUGA